AUGCAACCCAUAGCUAAAGACUCGAGGUUUCGGCCUUAUGUUCACAAACCGAAUACAGGAAAGACAAUUGUCUCACAAACAUCGAAUUUAAACACUAUGCAAAAGCAUCGUCCAAUUACAGUCGAGAGAUUGCAGAAAUUCAUGCAAUCAGGACAAUUCUCUGACGUGAAUCUCCGAAGUUUUCUAUGGAAGAAAUCAAGUCAAGAUGCAGUCAAACUCUCUGUAUUUGGUGUUCCAGACAUGCAACGAAUCACCUUUCAAGACGCAAUUAAGGGCGCAUACACACCGACAUCAGUCGGACAAGAAUUUGGCCCUUCAUGGUUUACCUACUGGUUUCGACUCAACAUUCAUAUACCUGAAUCGUGGGCUGGUCAACCCGUCAUCUUAAACUUUGAUUCAAGUUCUGAAGGAUUUGUAUGGUCUGCUGAUGGUGUCCCGCUACAAGGACUUACUGGUGGUUCAGGUGGUGACCGCCACGUGGAUUAUCGAUUGACGAAACAGGCUCGAGGUGGUGAAGACUUUGAUUUGUUUAUUGAGAUGGCCUGUAAUGGCAUGUUUGGGAAUGAUAAUGGUGGGAUUUUCGCGCCGAGAGCAGAUAGACAAUUCAAGUUGGAAACUGCCGAAAUCUGUGUCCCUGAUGAAGAGGCCCAUGCCUUAUUUUGGGAUAUGGAAGUUCUGUUGGGCAUGGCUACUGAACUACCAGCGAACUCACCAGCCGCUGCUGAUGCCUUGUAUACUGCCAACUCUGUUUGCAACGCAGUGAAAGCUGGUAAUCCCAGCUCAAUCGCUGUUGGUCGUGAUAUUUCCCAAGCCUUUUUCGCAAAACGAUCCAACUUUGGAUUUGAACAGCACAAGAUCUUUGCAACUGGACAUUGUCAUAUUGAUACUGCAUGGUUAUGGCCUUAUGAUGAAACCAAGCGAAAGGCUGCAAGGAGUUGGGCUACUCAGUGA